AUUUUGCUCUGAAAUUGACAGUGCAGAUUUCGUCAACGCCCAUCUCAACAGAUCAAUCCAAAGCAGAACUGGCCAAAAGCUUGUUGUCUGCAACUCAUAUUUCAUGGAUUCCACCGAUUUCUACGCGGCUGAUUUCGAAGACGACCUCAAGGCUGCCUUCCUACUCAACAACCCAUUGAAAUCUCAACAUGGCGGCGACUUGGUAUGCGGUUCUUGCAAUGGUUUGACUCUCUUGGGUAUGAUUAUUAAUUUGACACCCUUAAUCAUGGGUCUUGUUAUAUGGAAUCCAUUUACCAGGCGGUAUAAGAAAUUACCGGUUUGUCCAGUCCAAACCUUUCCUUCGUAUAGAGGAUUCAUGUGCUUUGGUUUAGGGUAUGAUUCUGCUCAUGAUGACUAUAAGGUUGUGAUGAUUUCGAAGGCUGAUGACUCCAAUCAAGUCUGGGUUUUUGGGUUGAAAUCAGAUUUUUGGAGGAGGAGCCGAGAUUUGGAAGAUGAAGUUACCACAUCCGUGGGGCGUUUUGCAAAUGGUGCUCUGUACUGGAUAUGUAAAAGUAAGUGCGUUGGUUUUAAUCUCAAGAAGGAGGUGUUCUUUGACAUUCCGCUAUUGUCUGAUUGUGGCCCAGCUAGUCUCUUUUUCAAUUCUUUCGAUGCCUUGGUGGUUUUCGGAGGUAACCUUUUUUUCCCUAAAUUGCAUGAUAAAACUAUAGAAUUUUACUUGGUUGUGAGUGAUGUGAGUGAUAAGGGUGGCGAAGUUGUAGAAGGUAGUUGGAGGAAAGAGUUCACUGUAGAAAAUGUCGAGAAUAUUUCGCAUGAUGUAUUUCCGCUUUUGCCUUUGGCUUAUUCAAAAGAUGGGGGUAGCAUUUUGCUUCUUGACUCAAGUGGGGUUUUUUGGUAUAACCUUGAAAACAAAACAAACCAAAGGGUGAUCAUUGCGGGGCUGCCUGAUGUUCCUUGCUCCAGAUACAGUGUCUGUUGGGAAAGUCUUGUUUCUGUUGGCAAGGAUAGUGCGUUUGAUGGAGCGGCUGAGGAAGGGAGAAUAGACGAUUUAGAGGAGUAGAACAAUUUGAAGCUGACUUCUUUUAGAGGCUCAAGUUUGUAAAGAAUAGCUGUUGUGAGGUAGUGAAUGGAUAUGUUUUUGGUUAGUGAAGAUGAUUGUAUUUCAAUGAAAUUCCAUGUCAAUCCAAUAUCUGUUUUAGCCCUUCUUAUAAAUCCCAGUUUAGUACCUUUUGUGGAAUUUUGGAUGUUUUGAAAUGGGACAUGGGAAGAUUUCCCUUUUAUUCAUUUUGGAACUCUGCUUUGGACAUGUAUCAUGUAUGGCAAUGUAUGUUAUAUAAGCUUAUUGGUUAAUCCUUAGAAACAGGUUGAAAACUAAUUUUCGGCAUAGGAGAAUGCAUGUGUGUUGUGUGCAGCAGAGUGUGAGGCAACAUGUGAACGCCUAUCUUUCUUGAGUGUUAGACUGUGUGUUUACUGUUUAGUAACUGUGUUUGGGCAGCUAUACUUAUGAUUUAGGUAUCCAAUGAGUUCCUCAAUGCUGGAGUAGGGCAGGAAAGGAAGGUAUCAUCUUACAUUGAAGGUGGGAUUUGUUUUGGCAGCAGCACUGUACUUCCAUGGAAGACAGCAUAGGAAUCGCUGUUUGUUUAUGCAGAAAAGCAAGCCCUCUAAGGUAGCUAGUAAAAUGAUUUUGCAUUU